AUUCUGGCGCGGUUACCUAUACCAACGCUAAACAAGAUGGAGGACGUAACAGAAUGUUGAAAAUGAGGUUGUGAUCUUUAUAGCAGCGCUUAUCAGCCUCCUGAAUUGGGGAAAAGAUCGAUAGUAUACGAUAAACAUAUCCUGUAAGGAUUAUAAUGUACGCAUCUCGAGGUCGUAGAGGUGUCAGAAAGCCUGACUUGCCAGCUACUCCGGGUCAGAAGAGAAGCCCAUACAUCGUGGAUAAAUCACUCACUCCGAGAAUCAAACAGUAUCUCAGUCAAUUCAGAAAAGGCUACACCCCUGAUAUAGACGAGCUGACGAGUCACCUACAGACACGUUAUGGGGAGUACAACAGGAAAAAGCGAAAUUCUUUUAGACUUUCAGUGCUAAAAGUUUACCAAAACAUUUGCCAUGAACAAAGUGAAGAGACCAUGCUCCAAAACCUAGAAGACAAGUUCCUGACAAAGAGACGGAAAUCACCAGGAUUUAUGCCAAUGGAAGAAGAUAUUUUAAGUACAGAUGCAGUUGGCCAUGGAGUUAACUUCUCCAGGGAGCAGAGCAGUGCUAGUGAUAGCGAACUCUCCCUCAAUGAUGAGCCACUGAUGGAGGCAAAGGACACAAACUUGAUGAAUCAAUCAAUGCAGAAAAUGUACAAAGUCUCUUCGUCACAACAUGCUUCAGAGGCAGAGGAUGAGAGUAAACCCAUUUUUGUUAUACCCCUGGGAGAUAAGAUAAAAGAUUUGUCUCAGACACCACUAUCAAGCCACAAUGAGCCAGCUAUAGGGUCUUCGAACCCUGCGUUACCACCAAGUACAGCUGAAGUCACCCAUCAGAGGAUUCUAGACCAGCAAGACAAUGUUAACGAGAGAAGAAACACUGAAACUUUAGAAAAAAAACCUUCCAAAUCUGUCAAAAAGAAAAGAAGACGAGAAGGAAGUAGUAAAGAGGGGACUGAAAAGCCACUAGAAAGUUUUGCUUCCACACAGUCUUCAGUGAAGUUUGCAGACAUUGGAGGGUGUAGCAACACUCUGGAGCAAGUCGGAAAACUUCUAGUCCACAUGUGUCACCCUGAAGUUUUCACUACUCUUGGUGUCACACCAACCACUGGCUUCCUAUUACAUGGCCCUCCUGGCUGUGGUAAAACACUGCUGGCACAUGCAAUUGCAGGGGAAUUAGAGAUGCCAUUUCUAAAGCUUGCUGCCACUGAGAUUGUAUCUGGAGUAUCUGGGGAGUCAGAGGAGAAAGUCCGGGAGCUGUUUACCAGUGCAGUGGCCCAAGCCCCCUGUAUUCUCUUUCUGGAUGAGAUAGAUGCUAUAACGCCCAAACGAGAAAAUGCCUCCAAGGACAUGGAGCGCAGAAUUGUAUCCCAGCUACUGUCCUGUAUGGAUGAUCUGAAUAAUAAUCCUGACGCCCAUGUUCUUGUUAUUGGGGCCACUAAUCGCCCGGACUCCCUGGACCCUGCCCUGCGUCGUGCUGGGAGGUUUGACCGAGAAAUCUCCAUGGGUAUCCCAGAUGAGAGUGCCAGAGCCAGCAUUCUGCGAGUCAUGUGUAAGCAGUUAAAGCUGAGUGCAGACUUCAGUUUCUUGUCUCUCUCACGCCAAACACCAGGAUAUGUAGGAGCUGACUUGAUGGCACUGACACGUGAAGCUGCCAUGAUCGCUGUCAAUAGAACAUUUGAAAGCUUGAAAAAGGACACUCAGACAGUGUUGAGUGGUGAUGACAUGUUUCAGGAUUCAGUCAGUAAACCUAUGGCUACCCCACAAGAUUCAUGGAACGUUAUGGAAUGGUUGAGGCAGCAGCCACCGCUUACCUCAGAACAGCUAUCUUCCCUUUGCAUCACAAUGGAUGACUUUGUGGGUGCCCUGGCUGUCACGCAGCCAUCAGCAAAGCGCGAGGGAUUUGCUACCGUCCCGGAUGUCACAUGGGCUAAUGUUGGUGCGCUGAAGGACGUCAGAGAAGAACUCACAAUGGCGAUUCUGGCACCCGUCCAACAUCCUGAAGAAUUCUCUGCCCUCGGCCUAACCCACCCCCCAGGAAUUCUGUUAGCUGGCCCCCCUGGCUGUGGUAAAACCCUACUGGCAAAGGCGAUUGCCAAUGAGUCUGGCAUCAACUUUAUUUCAGUCAAAGGGCCAGAGCUGCUAAACAUGUAUGUGGGCGAAAGUGAGCGAGCAGUACGCCAGGUGUUUCAGAGAGCUCGGAAUUCUGCUCCUUGUGUCAUCUUUUUCGAUGAGUUGGACUCCCUAUGUCCGCGGCGUUCAGGAAGCUCAGAGUCUGGCUCUAGUGUGAGAGUCGUAAACCAGCUUCUAACGGAAAUGGAUGGUCUGCAGGCAAGGAAACAUGUGUUUAUUAUGGGGGCCACCAAUAGGCCAGAUAUUAUUGAUCCAGCAGUUAUGAGGCCUGGUCGCCUGGAUAAGGUGCUGUACGUUGGUCUACCUAGUGCACAUGACAGACAAGAUAUUUUGAGGACGCUGACCAAGGAAGGCCGCAAACCGUUUCUUUUGCCUGAUGUGCAUCUAGGACUGCUGGCUGAGGACACGCGUUGUAAUGGUUUCUCUGGCGCUGAUUUGGCUGCGCUUGUGAGAGAGGCAUCCAUGGCCGCUUUGCGCGAACGAAUCAAUCUUACGUCAUUAGCAAAAACGGCUGGCCCAUCUACCACAGUACCGACACUAACCUCUACAAACUCAGCGUUAAAGACAGAAACAGAGCCCACGGUCACCAAAGACGUAUCGUCAGCUUCCGUGUCUGUUACUAUGGCUUCAAAAACGCAUGACGUAGCUAAUUUGGUUGUAGGCGUUGGAGCUAGGCAUUUUGACCGAGCAUUCGACAAAGUGCGCCCGUCAGUUUCUCCAAAGGAUCAAGAGAUGUAUGAGAAAAUCAGAGACCUUGCAGCGAAACUCUGAAGCCACACUUAGUAAAAUAAAUUAAAGAAAAAUAUUUGUACUAUUUAUAUGUGGUAGGAGAUUUGAAUACGUACACUAAAAAAUAAAA